AUGAAGAUAAAUGAUUCCCGAACUGCGCGUUUCAAGAAUGUACCACGACCAGUGCAGGCAGAAGUAUUAACUAAAACUGAUAGCCCUAAGUCUAUAGUAGUAAAUAAGCUUCCAAGUUCAGCUGUGAAUCCUAAACAUUCAUCUCAAAAGGUCAAAGCUCGAUGUUACAACUGUGGAUCGUUCGAGCACAUCUCACCAGCUUGUACUAAGCCGAAACGACCAAAGGGUUCGUGCUUCAAGUGUGGGUCUGCAGAUCAUCAGAUUAACCAAUGUUCUUCAGAUCAGUUUCCAGCCGACAGUCAACAUCAGCAGGCUCCUAGCAACUCAGCCAUGGUAUUGCAGCAGUCAGAUGUGGUAACUCCAGCUUAUGUUAUAAAUAUAGAUGUAAAAUUUAACAAUAGUUUGUUAUCAAACAUCUUGGCAGUUGUAGAUACUGGUAGUCCUAUAAGUUUAAUUAGGGAACAAGUGUUACCAGAACACACUAAAAUUGUAACAAGUCCAAUUAACUCUGGUAUUGUAGGUUCAGAAUUGAUAAUUUUAAGUCAGAUGUAUGUAGAUGUUUUUCAGCCUAAUAUUGGCGAUCCACUAAAUAUUAGAUUAAAUGUAGUGCCUAACGACACAAUUAAAUGUUAUUGUUUACUGGGUAGAGAUUUUCUGUCGCAUCCAAGGGUAAUUUUUGGAGUUAAUAAUGGUAGUUUUGAAAUUGAAAUUAAACGAAGUGACAUAAUAUAA